CCGGGCCGGCGCGACCCGCCCCGCGCCGCCCCCGCCGCUGCCGCCCCCGCAGCCGCCAUGGGCAGGGAGCGGCCCGGCCGCGGCGCGCGGAGCCAAGGGGGACCGCCAGCCGCCGACGCCGCGGGGCCCGACGACAUGGGGCCGAAGAGGGGCGCGGGGGCCCCCAAGGAGAGCGGGGAGGAGGCCCGGACGUGCUGCGGCUGCCGGUUCCCGCUGCUGCUCGCGCUGCUGCAGCUGGCGCUGGGCAUCGCCGUGACCGUGGUGGGCUUCCUCAUGGCCGGCAUCAGCUCCUCCCUGCUAGUCAGAGACACUCCAUUUUGGGCUGGGAUCAUUGUCUGCUUAGUGGCCUAUCUCGGUUUGUUUAUGCUUUGUGUCUCCUAUCAAGUUGACGAACGGACAUGUAUCCAGUUUGCCAUGAAACUCUUGUACUUUGUGCUGAGUGCCCUUGGCCUGACAGUCUGUGUGUUGGCCGUGGCGUUCGCCGCUCACCACUAUGCCCAGCUCGCACAGUUUACCUGCGGAACCGCGUUCGACUCCUGCCAGUGCAAACUGCCCUCCUCCGAGCCCCUCAGCAGGACCUUUGUGUACCGGGAUGUGACUGACUGUACCAGCAUCACUGGCACUUUCAAACUGUUCCUACUCAUCCAGAUGAUUCUGAACUUGGUCUGUGGCUUGGUGUGCUUGUUGGCCUGCUUUGUGAUGUGGAAACACAGGUACCAGGUCUUUUAUGUGGGUGUCAGGAUGUGCUCCGGGACAGCUUCCGAAGGUCAGCAGCAAAAGGUCUAACAUUCUUGCUCAAAGGUAGAAGAGCAAACAGCAGCCUGACUAACUGAGAUUUUUUUUUUUUUUUUAAAGAAGAGAAAGAGAAGGAAGGAAGAAAAACUUUUGACAAUAAUCAGUAUUCACCAUUCUAAAUGAAUAUUUUUCUAUUUUUCAGGAAAUGAAAGAGCAUUUUUUCAGGUUUCCUUAGUAUUUUUUUUUUAAAAUAAAUUCUUAAGAUCUAAAUUGACUUUGAGAUGUUAAAAAAAAAAAAAACCCACAGAACACAGAGAAAGGUAUAGAUCUACCUUAGAGUCUGGAGUCUAUUCUUAAUACUCAUGUAUCUAUUGCUUAUAUAAUCUUCUUUCCUGUUAGUCCAGCUUGAUUAGGACAGUUUCAGGCCCACUUGCUAAAUUUUCUAGACUCUUCCUCCAGCCCCUCACUCUUCCUGCCAUGAUUGUCACUGCACUUCAGAGGAAGGCAGGAGGCAGAACUGACCAGCCAGGGUGACUCUCUCUGUUCUAUUUUCCCUGGUAGAGACGUCUCCAAGGUAUACAAACAGCCUAAAAGAGCAGAGUAGAAAAGGAAGAGACUUUGUGAAAACGCUAAAUAAUUACAAACACCUGGGCUGGGGUGGCCUUUCUCCUCUGCUCCCUCAGUUUGGGUCUGUAAGCCGAUCACUUAGUGAAUGCUUUGGAUGACUGUCUGCUUCUCAAUAAUUGAAAGCUGGUGGUAGCUAUGUUCUUAAUGGGACUUCCCUGAUGUAGAAGGCUUAAAAAUAAUUACAUUAUGCUUCUAUUCUGUCAUCUAAAACAAAUCAUUAAAACUAAUUUCUAGCUAAUUGUUAAUUAUAAUGAUGCUCAGAAGUCUAUUUAAUGAGCUCUGGCUGUACUUACGUAGCACCAUCGGUAUUAGGAGAAAUUACUCACAAGAGAGGAGGCUCAAUGAUUCUUCCUUGUGAAAGCCAAGCUUUACAAGGGAGAAAAAAUUUUUUUAUUAAUAGCUCAGGUUAAAAAUACUCAUUUAAAUAAAAACAAGAGCAUUUGUAAUGGGAAAUGUUUAUACAAAUAGCACAUUUGUGAUGUUUUAUAAAGUUUCUCUCUUGGCAGCUAAGCACUUUUGAGGAAGAUUGGGUAAUGCUGAUGUGUUCCAUUCACGGAACUCUAUUUGAUAUGUAAUCCUAGUGUUGAUUUGUAUGCACAGUCAACUAGAGCCUUAAACUAAUAUUUUGAGGUCCUUGUUUGAACACUGGGCCAUUGACUUGGAGGGUAGUUUUCGGUUUUGUUUUGUUUUGAAGUGAUUGACUUUAAAAGAGUACAAGUACGCUAUGGUGGGAGACUUUCCUCCCUAAUUAUUGUUAUCAUUAAAUUUGGAACAAUAUCAGUGUUUUAAGGAAGGAGCUCAGAUGCAAGUUCAUGUAGCAUAAAUCUUCCCAAGAACUUUCUCUAUUAGGCUGCUCUGUUGAAAGCAGAAACUCAAGAUAAUAAUUGAGCUUAAAUUUGCUUCCUUCUCCACAUUGCCUAUAGAUAUAUUUUACUAAUAAUUAAAUCCUACCCUUAAAAAUUAAUUCCUGUGUUUGCCUUAUAAGGCAUUUGAAUAAUUCCAUUGAUUGUGACAGAAGUGUCAAUUAUUACAUACAAUAAAUAUUUAAAAACAGGAAAUAUUAAGUUAGUUGGAGGAUUAUAAUAGAGUUUAUGCCCUCCAGAUAAAACACUUGAUUAACAGAUGUUAAAACCUUUUUAUGUAUUGACUUGCUUUAAAAAUGACCUUCCUACAUACUAGCUAGGCCAAAAAUGCACACUUAGGGGCUUAGUGGAUGACUCAAGAGCAGAGAUUUGAUCAUGCACAAAAAUUACAUCAACACAACACCAAGCGUCUUGGUGACAACCUGAAAAAUACUUUGUGCCCUGUUUUUAAAAGUUCCAAUAACUGUGUCCAUUUUUUAUUUUGAUAGUUUCCUACAAAAGAAAAUGAUUGAUACUCUGUGGGCUCUUUUUCAAAGAAUAAGAAACCAGUGCUUUAAUGCUAAUUACUAUGAAUAAAGCAUCUUUGGAAGCACACUCUGAAUACCUUAAAAAACUUUUAUGGCAAACACUACAAAUUUUUCUAUCAGAAAAUUAAAUCCUACACAACACUAAGGUGCUCCAUGCUUUACAAGCAACUCACAGGGUAUUUCAAAUGGUAGAAUAACUCUAGGUUAUGUGCUUCCUUUUUUUUUUUUUUAAUAAUGCAACCAGUAAGAACUGACAUAAUGAUAAAUUGAUACUAAUCAGGAGACAUGUAUAUAUAUGUAUAUAUGAUGUAGGGCUUCCCAGGGGGCUCAGUGGUAAAGAAUCUGCAUGCCAAUUCAGGAGACACAGGAGACAUAGGUUCAGUCCCAGGGUUGGGAAGAUUCUUUGGAGAAGGAAAUGGUAACCCAGUCCAGUAUUCUUGCCUGGAGAAUUCCAUGGAUAGAGGAGCCUGGUGGGCUACAGUCCAUGGGGUCACAAAGAGUCAGACACGACUGAGUGACUAAGCACACACCACAUAUAUGUUGUAUAUAUAAUGAGGAUUUUGCUAUUGUGUGACUGAAUCAUUCUGAAAUCCCUAAAGAAAGAAAAAAAAUUACUUCAGUUCAAGAAUUAAAAAUAAAAUGAAAAAAAUUUUAAAGGAAAGAAAGGGAAGAUUUCUGUGCUGCAAACUCACUCUGUAUUGAUACAUGUGAGAAUUGUGUUGCAUGAAUAACAAACUGCUUUGGGCUGAACUUGAAGUAUUUUGAGGUUGUGUUUUGCAAAUAUUGAAGUUACAGUAAUGGCAACAGAAAAGGAACAGAUACAGAGCUUUACACUUAGCAAAAUGUUACAUUUAAAAUCUGACAAGGAGCCAAGAUGGUGACUGUCUCUUCUAAACCAUGCAACAGUAAAAUUUGCGCAAUCCUCCUCCUCUCCCACCUCCUUCAGGGGAAUUAAAUGAAUCAAGACUUUGAAAAGAGGGGGAACAGCCAGGACUUGGCAGCACUUGAAAUAGGAGGAAUACAGCAGCCUAAAUGUGCAGACUUUGUAACCAAGCCCACCCGAGAUCGGUCUGUGCUUUCACGUGACCACCAUCUGUGCCUCCCUUGCUUCAUCCAAAUUUGUGUAGGCAGCUCCUUGGAGCCAUUCCUAAAAAUAUAGCUACACCAGGCCCUGGAAACUGUAGUCAAGUAACAGGCCUAAGUUUUUUCCCUCCUUGAGUUAAACCUCCAUUAGAUCUCUUUUGAGGGACCUUUCAGCUGCAGGCAUCAGUGUGUUCUGACAGCGAGACACAUUAUGUGUGUGUUUUCUAUUUGGAUCCGGGGCAUCAGGAUACAGUUCAUCUUCUUGUACUUCCUCUCUGGCAUGCAAUAUAUCUGGACUAUGUUUAUAAGUCUGUCUUCUAAAGGGUGGGAUAGAGGAUAUCCAAGGGAGUUUCCGAGGGACAGAGAUGGAUCAGUUAACCAUAAUCAGAAAUGAACUUAAGAGUUGCCUUGAAAAACCAAUCACAUCCUAUCAUGACGCAUACCUUUACAUUUCCUAGCUCCUGUCGCUGAACUGUUGCUGUGUAGCCGUACAUUUCUAUAAAUCUUGCUGACUCAGUUAUCACUGUACUCAAAAGAACUCGAUCGUGUGUUUAGAUGUACGUGUAUUGAGGGUAGUGUUACAAAGUGCGGAUGGCCACAUAUAUUGACUCACAGUGGAAACAUUCAUUUGGAGAAAGCGUCAGUGGCUCAGCCCUUGAAAUGAGCCUGUGAUGGGUUCUUCUAAUUGUCUAGUAUUUUAUUAUCUCAAAGAAUUAGUCCCUUUGAAAAUAUUGGUCUGUACUUUGGUGCCGUGGUUUUGUUCUUCUGGCGUUGAGGGUAUAGUGAGUAGAAACCAAAGUGUAUCUUACAUGUUUGAGGUGGUUGUUUUUGAGAGGGUGUGUAUAAUGUAGAUUUUCUUUGUUAAUAAAAUUUUCAUUAUCUCUGAAAA